AAUGCGGUACCUCCCCAAAGCAAUCCUUGGAACAUUGAUGCAAGGUGAAGCAGCUGCUAAAAGAGGCAUGACAGAUCCUCGUCCCACGGUAUAGACUGCUCACACAGCAGUAUGCUUCCUUGCCAGCGCAAACAAUUCCAACACCGGCACAAGCCAGUGAACACUCGAACGCAGUUCCACCGCCCACAGAUUCCGUAGGUUAGCAACCCAUGAUCAGCGAGGCUGUAUUGAGAAGGAGCGCCGGGCAUCCACCGCACGUGCACACGCCAGCAUUCUCCAUUCCGAAAACCACAGUCAUGCCUCCGCUUGAGGGUAGAGGUCCUGCCCCGCUGCCGCGCUCUCCAGGGAAUUCCAUGGGCGAUUCUGCAAGAGAGAUCUCUGAACUGCCAGUGCUGAUACCAUAUGCCGUGGCUUCUGGACCUCUCAUUGCAAUUGAAAAUCUCAAACAGACUGCGAAGCCUGACAUCAGCGGCAAGACAUUCCCGUGAAGCGUCUCUGGGCCAGACCGCGGAUGAGUUCACGCGGCUACGAGCCGUUUGCGAGCGCCGAGAUUCGGGCGAGGAAGAGCUCACCAGUCACCGACGAUCGUGAGGCGAAUUUGAUUAUGACCGUGAAGUGAAAAGGGGCGACAUCGACAGUAUCUUGAAAGGAGGACGAUUGGCACCGAUAUGAGCUGUUGUGAGCUGUAAUGGAGCGUUCUGAUUACUACUGCAUUCCAGACUGUAUUGGACAUUCCAAGAUCUUCUUGAAGACGUGCUAGACGAGCAUUGGGAACGUUGAUACGAUCGAGAUAGCUUCACAGAACUUAGCUCUGGGGGAGAGACACAAUCGUAAUAGUUGUUGGCAGAAGCCGCCAAUCCG